CCGGGGCGUGCGGGGAGCCGGGCCCGGGGCAGCGCGGGGCUGUGCCGGGAAGGGCGGCGGGGCCGGCGGGUGGAGGGGCGGCCGAGGACCCGGGAGUCCUGUAGCGAUGGAGUCACCCGUCGGGCUGCGUGGGUGGGGGGAGACCUGAGCAGUGGUCAGUGCCUCCUGAGAGAAGUGCUCGGAGAGCUGCGCCCUGGGUUGGUGGCAGGUGCCUCCACUUAAGUGCCCUUACGCAGUAACUUGAGGACUUAGAGACUUUGUUUUGGUUAUUGCUGCUGCUGAGAGCUUCAAAGAUGAUGCUGGCAGAGCAAGCCCAGAAGUGGUUCCCAACUCACGUGCAAGUCACGGUUCUUCAAGCCAAAGGUCUGAAGCCCAAAGGCAAAAGUGGCACCAAUGAUGCGUACACCAUCAUCCAGCUGGGCAAGGAGAAGUACUCCACCUCAGUAGCUGAGAAGACCCUGGAUCCGGUCUGGAAAGAGGAGGCCUCAUUCGAGCUGCCUGGAUUGCUCAUGCAGGAGAACCCGGACAGAUACAUCCUGUACCUGAUUGUCAUGCACAGGUCGCUGGUGGGGCUGGACAAGUUCCUGGGACAGGUGGCAAUAAGUCUGAACGAUGUGUUUGAGGACAAACAAAGAAGGAAAACAGAGUGGUUUCACCUAGAGUCCAGACAAGGGAAAAGAACCAAAGACAGAGGAGAAAUAAAGGUCAAUAUUCAGUUUAUGAGGAAUAACAUGACAGCAAGUAUGUUCGAUUUAUCAAUGAAGGACAAAACCAAAUCCCCUUUUGCUAAGCUAAAAGACAAAAUGAAGGGUCGAAAAAAUGACGGGACAUUUUCAGAUACAUCAUCUGCUAUCAUUCCAAGUACUCACAUACCUGAUGCAAACCUAGAGGUGUGUAGUGGUGAAGUACAAAUGAAAUCAAAACCAAAAAAACCUUUCCUUUUGGGACCUCAGAGGCUAUCUUCAGCUCAUUCGAUGUCGGAUUUAACAGGAUCACAUGUCUCCUCAGAAAAAUUAAAAUCCAGCACAGUUGGCUACUCUCAUCUGUUCAGGCGUCAGCUAGAAUCUUUUGGUUCAGUUGAUGAAGGCGGGAGUCUAAAGUCUCCGCAUAGAAGGACAUUAAGUGUUGAUACGUCCAAAAUGAACCAACUUGACAGCACAGCUGAUGAAGCUCCUCUGGAACCACAUAAUGACCCAUUUACCAACGUGAGUGCUUCAUUACCCCAAAAAUUUGCUACACUGCCACGACAGAAGAAUCCAUUUGAAGAAAGCCCAGCAACAUGGGAUCAAAACAUAAGUCUGUUUUCCAAACCUGUUGACAUCAAAAAAGAAAUAAGAAAAGAGAAAAAAGAGAAAGUUAGUCUUUUUGAAAGAGUGACUGGCAAAAAAGAUAGCAGGAGGUCAGAUAAACUUAGCAAUGGGGGAUCAGAGAGCUCUACUGACUUGAAAUCACCAAGUGCAUUUGGUGAAACUCAUCAGGAGAGUUUUGAUUAUGAGUCGACUAAUCCGUUUAUGACAAACUUCAAGCCUACAAGCAUGUUGCCAUCUUCAAGUUUUAACGUGAAUCCUUCUGGCACUGAGGACCUCAGGAAAACAGCGGAUGGAAAUCCAUUUGAUGCCACUGCAGGAUACCGGAACCUUACUUACGAAGAGGUUCUGCAGGAGCUGGUGAAACAUAAAGAGCAACUUAAGAAGAAGGACACCCAUAUUCGUGAACUUGAGGAUUACAUUGAUAAUCUUCUCGUACGAGUGAUGGAAGAAACACCCAGUAUUCUCAGAGUGCCAUAUGAACCUUCUCGAAAAGCUGGCAAAUUUUCCAAAAGCUAAGAUGGUGACACUUGGUGGUACUGAAUACAUCAGUGGAAGGAAACAACAUUUCAACAUUUGGACUUCUUUUCAUUCCUUUUUGUUCUAGAAAAUUCCAGGCGUUGGAAGGAUGGGACUUGGUUUUUUUGUGUGUUGGUUUUGUUUUUUUUUUAAACUCCAAACGCUAGCAGGUACUGCCAAAAUGGUACUUCACUGGGUUAGCCGAAUAACUUGGCUUAUUUUUUCUUUUUGAAAACACCUUUAGCUGCAGCGUACUUACUGUAGAGUAAAUAACACACAUGAAUGCAGUGUCCAUGUCCACACUGUCCAUGCAGUGUCAGCUGGGAUACCUUGUGCUGUUUUGAAUGUUUUCUUGACUGGUUAUUAAUAUGCAAAUAUGUCAAUUCUGGUAUUAUGGCAUGCCAUUAAGGCCACUGUUUUCAAGCCAGUGUAGAAUGCUUUACUAAAUCUAAAUGUGGCUUGUUGCAAUGGAAUGUAGUUUGUUUUACACACAGUAGAGGAAAACAGUGAUGCACAAUCUUUGCAGAGUAAAUGCUGUACUGUACGCAAUAUGCUUUUUGUAUGGCAGUGUGAAAAAUACCAUGCCAUUUCACUAAUGGCACAUGUGGGAAUGAGUUAAUUUACACUUAAAUGCAGAUUUUUUUGUGUAUAAUGAUUGAACUUCGGUGGCGAGCUCAUGACAUAGGAUUAUUUUGAAAAUCUUUUUGUAUGAAGUUAUUGCAUGCUUUUUUUAUAUGUUAAAGUACUUUGAACAGUGUUAAUAGAGUCAGAAGUAGGAUGGGAGAAAAGUUGGAAUAAGAUAAGAAUACUUUGUUCAGUCAAGGUCUGCUACAGUAAAAAUAUAGGAGAAAUGAACAGACUGAAUUAAAAAGACAUGGUAAUUCUGAAAAUAUAGAACUGACUCAAUUUAAGGUUGAGUUUAACAUGAUAGAUGUCUCCUAGGUUUUUUUAAAACUUAACGAGAACAAAAUAUAAGCCUUUAAAAAUAGGCUGUGUUGCCGAAACACGUCUAGGGUAACUUAGAAAGGCUUAAUUUUAUUUUAUUUUUUUUUAAAAGGUUGGUAUUCCAUAGAAGUACUUUGAAAGUCAGUUCUCAUUGAGGCAAAUGAAAGAAUGUAGUAAAUGUCUUCCUGAUCAUUUAAUAAUUGUAAGAUGACAGAUGAAAAGGAUAUCUGUUAUUCAAUAAAUUGGCUAAAUAUAGUGAUGAACUUAUUGAGGGAAAAUACUGUAGGAGAAGAAUCCUUAUAAUAUUAACGUAAGUAGAUUUUAAUUUCCUUCAUAAGAGCCUCAGUUGGAUUGUCUAUUGCUGUGAAACAGUAAGAAAGUAUUAAAAAAAAAAAAGGUACAGAGAAUAAUCAGAUUUGGAUUUUAAAAGAAUGACUGUCUUUUCCACCUCUUUUCUUUCUACACCUGAUCCAUUUUCUUACACAACAGCAGUAAUAGCUGUUGUUGAGAAAGUAAAAGCUUAAAAUUCCUUUUUUUCAUGCUGUAAAAAAUCUAUAUUUUUGUUGUUAAAACUGCAAAGAUUAGUAAUAUCUUAAAUAAUUAUUAUCUGGAAGAGGUGAAAAGGGUCUACUAUCUGAAUACUUUUGACAACAUUAGUUUUAUAGGAUGGCAAAGAAAUAUUCUUCUGAGACAAAAAAAAUAAUUUGGUACAGUCGUUCUCAGAUUUCAUUUUCUUACUUUUGUUCUUUAUUCUUUUCUCCUUCUUUUCAUGUUCAUUCUUUCCAUUUUCUCCCAUUUUUAGGAGCUAUCUCCCAUCCCCCAGUGCUAAAAUUCACGCAGUUUGAGCAUUCUCAGCCCUGUGUUGGGAUCCACCAGUGUGGGUCAUUUUGCCUGGAUGAAGCCUCAGCAAUUCCAGUCAAGCCCUACCUAAUAGUAGUGCUCCCCAUUUAGUCAUUUGAGACAAAGAAACAGGCCCACUUCAUCAAGUAAUCUCUCUUUUGACAGCUGAAAGAUUUAUCCAGUUCUGUACCUCGUAAACCAUAUGAAUGUCUUUUUGACCCAUGUAAAGGUCUGUAUGACUGUAAAUUUGCUGUAAUAUAUUCGAAGUGCCAAAGGUUAUAUACAAAGUUAUGGUACGUUUACUGUUGGAAGUUAGGUUUUGCACUCAGUUAGAUUUUAAUUUCCUAAUUACACCAAGAUGUAUUUCAGUUACUCAGUAUUUCCAUGCAACUUCUUGAACAUUUUUGAAUGUUUGGCUGAGGCGAGUGGUUUUCUUGUAUUGAUAAUGGGGAAGAGUUGUGCAAUUGUUUUGAAUUCAACAGUCCUUUUCAAACUAACUGGUACACAUGAGACGAUGUGUAGUAUCCAUGAUGAUUAAACCAUACAGACCAAUGGGGUUUAACAAGUAAGUACACUCCAAUGACUUUUCACUUACAAGCCAACUUAUAAUUAUUAAAAUGAAACUCUACUAUAUUUAGCACCUCUGAAAUCACUUCUUUUAGAAUGUAAAUGUAGAAUAUCAAACUGCAUAAUUGACUAAAAGCAGAUCAUUUGACAUAUUUGCAUACCAAGAAUGAUAAGCAGAUUAAAGGUAGCGAAAAGAUCAAUUUUUGUGCAUUAGUGAAGAAAUUUAGUGAAGCUUUGAAUGCGCUAUCUCGUCUUUAUCUGAUCUGUGAGUGAAUAAAUGCACCUUUUGUUUCCAGCAGUUUAUCAAGAAAGAGGGGAGAACGACAAAUGCGAUUUAGGAAAAGGUAAAGUUACCGAAAGAGACAGAAUAGUACAUUUCAACUCUGAAUUUUUAUAUGGAGUUCUUAUGGCUAAAUAUAUAAGCUACUUUGGAGCAAUUUUGGAAAAAUUACACUCCUGUCAUUUUGUGUUUAAAAAGAAAAUUUUAACAUUUUUCUAUAUUUUUGAGGCUAUUUUUGAAAAGCAUCAUCGUCCCACCUGUAUUUGAUGGAGCAUGCAGCUUUCAAAUGAAAACAUUUCAUACAGAGUAACUUAUAUGCUGAAAACAAAGUAAGUUCUGUUACUCCAGUAGGACAAAACUGUAAAUUCUUUGACAGAGCAUUUAAAAAUCGUAAUAACUUGCCACUUACAAUUAGUCUGUCUUGCCCUCUGAAAUGUAGGGAUGAGAAUUUUGGACACAGUAUUUUGAUCUCUUCUGUCAAAAAUAAGUAUGAAAGUUCAUCCAUGCGCACCCUGUACUUGGAAAUUCUCCUUUGAAACAUCUCUGCUCAUAGCAAUGUACUUUCCUUACUUUAGAGAACAAAUAUCAAGGCCGUAUUUUAGUUUUGCAAGUAACGUUAACUUUCUACCAUUCAAGAAGUAUGCUUAAUAUUUAUAUAUGGUACCUCGUGCUGCUGUAUUUUAUGUUUAGCUUGGUUUUCCACCUACUAAUGAAUGUAGCAUUCUCCCUAGAUUAUACAUAGCUACAUUUAUUGCAGUUGGCUCUGUAUCAAGAACUAUUUGUAACUUUCCAGCUGUGAAAAUGUUGCCUUGAAUUUAGAAAGGCUUCAUGAUGUGGGGACCUAAUGAAACUCAUGCUCAUUAGGUACUAGUCUACAUUUCUUUCUGUAGAGGAUGCCCUUUCUUAGAUGCAUCUUAAAACAGCUCCUGUCUUAAUAUGUUUACUGCUGCACUGGAGGCUUAUUUACACUUCCAGCUUUAAAGAAGAAAUAUUCUCCUAUAUUAAGUAUGUAAAGUAAGCUUUUUUGCUGUUUAUGUAUCCAUUACUGUUGUUGAUAUGAUAGAGGUGUUAGCUCUGUGAUUUUAAAAUGGUGAUAUUUGAAGCAUGUUGCCUAACUUCCUCUCUUUGAAGUCCGUGAUGAAGGAUAAUAGUGCUGCUGCAUUCGUGAUGCUAGAUGUAAGGGUCUGUCAGCACUUUCAGUAUGAAGCGCUGUUUUCAGGAAUUUGUAACUUCUAAAUCUGCAUACAGGCACUGGAAGUAUUUAAUAUGCAAUAGGUAGCACUUUAAUCUGCGUAUGGAGGGUUUUGAGAUUUGUUUCUGUCAAAAAGUCAUGAUCUCCUACAGCAUAGAGAGCAUUUACUUUGCCUUUCACAGUUUGUUCAUUGAAGCAGCCACUGUGUAAUACAAGUGAUAGAGCCAUUCCUAUUCAUCUUAGAAGCUUCCAGAUGUCUUGCAUUGUAAUAUGCUGUACAAAGCUGAAGAUCCAGGUUAUUAUAUAGGAAGUCUGUAAAAGAUAUGAACAUUACUUCUACCUUAAGGGUUAAUUUUGUCUUGUGAGAUCAAUGGUACGUUGUCUACAUUUAAAAAUGGUACAGAAUCACAACUAUAUGCACAUGUGAGAACUAUAAACCUAGGAUGCAUGAAAAACUUUAUUUUUGUUUCAUUAUUGCAACUUCAGCUUCUUUAAUUUGUUAUCUCAGUAUUUUAAUUUCUGUCCAUUAAAACAAUAUUGCAUGUCUAACACUAAUAAAGCACCACAAUGCACUACCACA